CUGGAUGGAUGACGAGCUGGUGUCCGCUCUGACUCCCAAGCUGAUCGGGGAGCGUCCAAACACCUACACCUACACCAAAGCCUUGGCUGAGUACAUGGUGCAACAGGAGGCUGGAGACCUCAAUGUAGCCAUCAUCAGACCAUCCAUAGUAGGAGCAAGCUGGAAAGAGCCCUUCCCAGGUUGGAUUGAUAACUUCAAUGGACCUAGUGGAAUAUUCAUUGCAGCUGGUAAGGGCAUCCUGCGUACAAUGAGAGCGUCUAAUGAUGCCGUGGCUGACUUGGUACCUGUGGACGUGGUCAUCAACGCAACACUGGCUGCCGCUUGGUACUCUGGAUCACAGACGCUCAACAGGCCUGGAAACAUCCUGGUUUACAACUGCACAACUGGUGGGAUCAACCCGUUUCACUGGGGGGAAGUCGAGUACUGUAUAAACAUGACCUUCAAGACCAAUCCCUUAGAGCAGGCCUUCAGAAGGCCCAAUGUCAAUCUGCGCUCCAACCCCUUUACUAAUCAGUACUGGACCACUGUCAGCCACACGCUGCCAGCCCUGCUCUAUGACAGCUAUCUCAUGCUGACACGCCGCAAGCCCCGGAUGAUGAAGACGAUUACUCGCCUCCACAAAGCCAUGAUGGUCCUGGAGUAUUUCACCAGUCACUCCUGGGUGUGGAACACCGACAAUGUCACCAUGCUGAUGGCCCAGAUGAGCCCCGAGGAUAAGAAGAUGUUUAAUUUUGAUGUGCGUCAGCUACACUGGGCAGAGUACAUGGAAAGUUACUGCAUGGGCACCAAAAAAUACGUCCUCAACGAAGAGCUGUCGGGCCUGCCUGCUGCACGCAAACACCUUAACAAGCUGAGGAACAUCCGCUACACCUUCAACACCAUCCUGGUGGUGUUCAUCUGGCGUGUCUUCAUCGCCCGGUCCCAGAUGGCCAGAAACAUCUGGUACUUCGUGGUGAGCCUCUGCUUCAAAUUCCUCUCCUACUUCAGAGCUUCCUCCACAAUGAGAUAAUGAGCCCGGGGCGGGGCCGCAGGGGGGCCAGGCGGAGGGGCAAAGAAAUGGAGGAACCGGCUGUGGAUGAUGAGAGAUGCCCAAACCCCUAAAAUGCUACCAUGCUGUCUGUCUGUGGCCCCAUGUUUGCCCUGAUUCUCAAGGAUCACAUGGAACCAUUAAACCCGUGAACACAGACAGAGCUACUGGAGGAGCCUGGAGUCCACAGCUGUCUAAAUAUUGCAUAUUUCAGAUCUGUCUAGCAUUUAAUAAAACACAAGGCAUGCAUUUAUCUUGCCCAGGCUAACAACCCUUGGACUAGCUAAAGAAGCAGGACCACACACACCCUCUAUUCUGUUUCCACUCAAUCCAGCCCCCCUUUGGUGCCAGAUUGACUCCUGCAGUCUUCAAGCUCCAGUGCACCCUAACCUGCUCUGUCAUCCGUCUGCUCGCCUGGCUGCCUGCCUGCAAAACAAAGCUAUGCAUUGGAUGAUGCUCUGCUGCAACAAUCCUCAGCUGGUUUUGAGUCAGUCCAGGCUUCUGUAUAUGUAAUCUUUCAUUGAAGAAUAACCACUCCAAGUGCUGUGUCAGUUAUAUUUCUCUGCUGUCACCUGAAAACAUAACUCACAAUUUUUUGUUUUCCUUUUUUUCUUCCUCCCAUGAGGUUUGUGUGGUUCUUGUCAGUGAGGCUUAAUAAAAUGUCCUAAAAAGCCAAAACAAAAAUGUCCAAUAAGCAGGGUUUCCUAGGGUUUUCAUCUGACGGCAGCAUUUGCUUGGCAAAGCAUAAGCUUCACUCAGCUUCUGGGGCAGUGGAGCUGGUUGUACACAUGUGGUUGUAAGCAGCUGAAGGAUGGUUCUGUAUGAGUCUGUGGAGUCUGUGAAGGCUUGUUCAGAGACAGGCUGGUCGAGGAAUCAUUGUUAAAAUUCUGUCUUUUCCUUGUAACCCCAAGACCAAAGCCAUUUCAACCAAUGUGACAGUUGCACUGACAGCUUGGUGUUAAGGGAAAGUUGACAUUGCAGGGGUUUUUGUGGCAGGGGUGGCUCGCUUCUACUGACCCAUGGCCAGCCAAGAGUGGCUGUGUUUCACGGUUUCUGCUUGUCAAAGGCACACAGUCAAUACCAACAAUGCAGUCCUGUGUGUCCCCAGUGAACGGCAGUGGCUAGUUCCCUAAUUAUGACCAAGCACAAUGUAGAUUGUAAUACGACAGCUUUGUCCAGUGCCUACAAACUGAUCAUUCUUGCAUCAGCAGAUCUUGCAAAUCAAGCUUCUUCUUCUACAGGUUCCUUUUCGUCAUAUGUGACAGUCUUAAAGCUAUUUUUGCCAAAAUACCUCUUAGCUAACAGACUCGUAGCUCAGUAGAGGAUGAGACAGAUGGAAUUGGAGGAGAAAUUUUGUCACUUAUGGCUUUUUCUCCAUUAUGCUUGAGAAUUUAAAUGCUCUCAGCACUGUUACACAUAUUGAGUCAUGGAUAUAUAAUGUAGGUGAUCAUUGGUCUUUGUUAGUACACUACUUUUCAGGUAGCUCUGACUGUAGCUCACCAUCUUUGUGAAAGCUUUGGUUUACUUGACUUCAGUCAUUUUCCUCUCAAGUACUUUUAUAGGUCAUAUUUGUCAUGUUACUUUAUUAUCUUAGAUGCUUCUGUAAAUACAUGUAUGCAGGACUCGUCAUGUGCUUGUGCUGUUUAUAACCUGCUGUUGGACCAUUCUGUUGCCUUCAUCAUGCGACAUAAGAAAUUUGCCUUUUCAGACCAGAAAUGUUGACUUGUCACAGAACUGGCCACAUAAUCUAAGGCUGCAUUUUUCCAGUUUCUCUAGAUUUUUUCAUAAGAAUUAACCCUCAUUGCCAUAUUAAGUCUUCAGUUAACAUACCUGAGGUUUACCUGUGCACUUGAUAUUUCGUCUGUUACCUGUUUCUUCAGCACACUAUAAUGUUUGAAGGUGUGUGUGUGUGUGUGUGUGUGUGUGUGUCCGUCCAUGUCUGUGUGUGUGUGUGCUGAUCUUUGGUUGUGCUUGCAUGUGUCCUCUGAGUGUCUUAGGCCAUAGCAACUUCAAACACCUACGUGUACGUCCUGUGAAUGUCCUGGAUUCAUUAAGGAAUGUGAUUUUGGUCUUUUUCACACUCCCAGCAUGAGCCAUUUUACAUAGGAUCAUGUGACCUGGUGGAAAGAUGCACCCUUUUGGAAAGAUGUGCAAGUGUGAAUCGUGCCUGAACUUUUUUUCAAUAUUCUAACAAUGUGAAAAGAGAGCAAUCAGAUCUACGUUUUCUAAUUAUAUUGUGUACAGCUUUAUUUAGGUAGACUUCAAAAUAUAACGGAACAGAUGUAUUUUUAUGCUAAUUACAUUGCGUGGCUAUUUUACUGACACAAGCUUACUGAACCAACUUAAAUACUUAAGUAUGUAAACAUAAGUGCAGUAUGUUCAGAGCAGAAUUAACUGUCAUAAGUUGCUUGUCAUUUGAAUUUACUGUAAAUGUACACAUACUUUCUCUCAUACUUUUUUUUGAAUGUAAUCUAAUAACGCAGCCUGACUUGUUUGCACAGCCAGAAUCUUCCUCUGACUCCUAAAACAAGAAAUAAACAAUACUAUAAUUGCCUGUAAUUGUCAUAUAAAGCAACUAUUUGUUUGUUGGAGUGCCGUGCGAUACAUUUUUGCUGUUGUAACUCCAUUUCCUUGUGACUGUGUGAUUGAGUAGGUCAGUUUUGUGAUGGUGAAUGGCUGUCAUGCUCUUGUUUAGUUGUUUGGGGGGCGGGGCAAUGGCGUGUCUAAUUCAGGGUUUUCUUCAGGCUUGCUCUUGUGGUUUGAGAAGUGAGAACAAUGAAUGGGUCCUUUUCAUGUCAGGAACUACUGAAUCAUAUCAAUGGUUUGUUCAUCUAACAGGGCAUUGUACACAAGUAACAUCAGCAUUAACUCCACUUACAGUUCCAUUGAUCCAUUAUUCAAAUCAAUCAAAGAUUUUGAUUGAUUUUGAAUAAUGGAUUGCAGCUUUUGUAACUCAUUUGGAUUUGGUGAUUAAACUGGUUCUGUAUAUAAUAAUGUAAUUCUGUAUUUGGUUUGUUUUUCCAUCAGGCUUUUCUAGGACUAAAUGCUCUUUCCUUAUGGUUAUUGGAAGAAUGGUUUUCCUGCUAAAACCUGUUGAUGCAAUGUUUUCAUGUAAAAAUGUUACCAGUCUUUUUUUUUGUUUUUGUUUUUUUUUCUCUCCUACGUGUGUCAGUUGAUGGCCUGUGUAUGGCCAUGAUUGUUUGCUCCUUUUUACACAGUCAACAUGGGUCCAUAUGCGUAGGCUGCACUAGAAUGCUUGUAUGUUUUCUUCUGAUUGCAUUCAGAUUGGUCAAUGUGUGUAAAUGUUCAUUUAAAAAGUGGUGUUUAUGUGGUUCUUGAGGCGACUCGUUUCAUCGCUGCUACUUUAAGCAGCGUGAUGGGCAUAGGUCAGUGUGUUCACUUUGGGAAAAGGAGUUCUUGCCACAGUCGAUGUGAAACUCCAAAAACAAUAAAUCGAUGGGUGCCUUUUGUUUGUAAACCAAAAAAAGGAAUAAACUGUUUAAUCCUC